AUGGCUUCGCAACAGCCCCAACCGGAUUCUUACCACCACAUACGCCCCAAAUCCUCCUCCGUAUUGUCAUUCAUGCACAAGAGAACUCCUUCCGCGGGAACAUUCCUACCCCCCAAUGAGUCCCACGAGUCCGUCGCCUCUCCAGUCAACGGAGCCAUGCCAUUUCUACCCCACGAUCAUCCUCAUGCGAGAGCGCUCGGAGAAAUCCAGCAAAAUCAACAAAGCAGCAUGCCGCCGAUUUCGUCGAACAAGUUGAGGGAUGGGAGCCGACCUAGCACGAUGGAGGAGAAACCAAAAUCGCUGCACAAGAAGACCCUGAGCUCGAUCUCCUUAAAGUCAUUAGCUGGGAGGGACUCGGACAAAGCUACCAAGUCAAAAGAGUCUAAGCCCAAGCCCAAGAAGAUGAAAUCCUCCACCAAUCUGGCCAGUCUCCUCAAACGCCCGAAAUCUUCGAGAAGCCUACACAAGGAGGCUCAAGCCGAAGCUGUUCGCCCCCCGAAAGAUAAAGAGAAUCGGAGCCCCGUGGCACAAGAUUCUGCUGCAGAAGCUGUGCGACUACCAAUAUACGCCCAAUUCUCCAGCGAACACUUGGCGAAGCAGCCACUGGGAGGGAAGGUCCUCGAGGACGAGAUUGAUCUCUACACGCCGCAGAACUAUUGCCCAGGGAAACAACGCAACUUUUACCAAGGCCCAGGCCAACAACCCACCCUGAUAACCCGCGAUGACCCAGCACAGCGUCCAAGAAAACCAUACCUGCCCAGCAGCUUCAGCGUGCAGGAUAUCACCCGAAAAGUGAGCAGUGGAUCGAGGAAGAGCGCCGAGCUGAUGCGACGGGUCUCUUCAGGAAAGCGACCAAGCUUUGAGAAGAAGAUCACUGGGUCCUCCUCCAAAUCCGAGUUGUCUGACAGAGCAGGCCCAAGCAAGGGUCAGCGGGUACUGGCAGCUGUGUCGGCACUCGGGGGAGGAAGAUCACAGAAGUCUGGAGCUCAAUCCGAAUCGCUUCAAGAUAGGGAUGUUGAUCGGGAGUUUGAGGCUAUGUUGGACAGACGGAAUAUUCCUGAGCACCAACGAGGAAAGAUGCGGAACCUUGCCAUGUCGAUGAAGAAAGAUUUCAUCAAGCAAGACUGGGCCGAGAUAGCUGCUGCGAAGAAUGGCAGACCUGGAACAGAUGGUAGCGACUCAAGUGCUGAUGCAACCAACGCUCUCCAGGCUGUCCCUGAAGUCAAAGUUAAGCGACCCAGAAGUCGAACAUUCACUCUCUCGAGAGCAAGCAGCAAGGAGCCUACGUCGCCAACUAAGAAGAGUAAGCCUGAGGGUAGCACGGGUAAACAUUCUCGCACCAAGUCCUCUGACAGCGGGCUUGUUGGCGCAAAGUCCUUGACGGCUACAGGCGUUGCUGCGGCACAAUCCAUGAUUGCCAAGGCGAAAGGACAAACUCCAGAUGACUUCGUAUCAUACUUGAGGAAAGUUCAGAAGCCUGAGCUGGUCGAGGUCGGCCGCUUGCAUAAGUUGAGACUUCUGCUCCGCAACGAGACCGUUGCUUGGACGGAUGGGUUUAUUGGACAGGGUGGGAUGGAGGAGAUUGUUGGGUUAUUGCACCGAACCAUGGAAGUCGAGUGGAGAGAGGAGCAUGAGGAUGCAUUAUUGCACGAGGUCCUACUCUGCUUGAAGGCGCUAUCCACCACAGCCCUGGCUCUCCACCACCUUGAAAAGAUCCAACACACCCUCUUCCCAGCUCUUCUGCACAUGAUCUUUGACGAGGAGAAGAAGGGUCCCAGCGAAUUCACAACCCGCAAUAUCGUAUCUUCUCUGUUGUUCACAUAUCUGAAAUCGGCCCCCAUUGCCGAGCGGACUUUCCGUGCCAUGACCAUUCUCUCCUACCUUAAGGACCCAGAGCCUACCGAGUCGCAGCGACCUGUAGGCUUUGUUCUCGACAUGCGACGCCCCCGUCCAUACCGAGUCUGGUGCAAGGAGGUUGUCAAUGUCACCAAGGAGGUCUUCUGGAUCUUCCUUCACAACCUGAAUGUCAUUUCCCUUCCAGGAGCACGACACCACGAUAGCGAGACAAUGUAUGAAACGAGCGACUCCACCAUCGCGUCCCUGAUUUCAGACCCCAGUUUUGACAUAUCGAACCCACACCAUGUCUUCAUGGCCCGCCACUUCCCACAAGAACUUCCACCCGUACCAGCCGCUCCAUACGUCGGUGGGGUUGAAUGGGACGCAACCAACUACCUCGCUUCGCACCUCGACCUCGUCAACGGCAUCAUCUCUUGCCUGCCUACUCGAGAAGAACGCAACACCCUUCGUGAGCAGAUGCUGGUUUCGGGCUGGGAGAAGUGCUUUGGCGGUACCCUUCGCCUAUGCAAGGAAAAGUUCUACGGAGGCGUCCACGCUGGUUUGAGAUGCUGGGUUGCCGCAGCUGUGGAAGAUGGUUGGGAUACGCGCGAUGUCCGAAACGGUCCUUCUGUUGAGCCUAGGAGCCCAGUGAAGAGUCCCAAGAAGGCGUCAGCUCCUCUGCAGCCGCCGCCAAAGAUUGACAUGAAGCUGGAUUUCUCGGGGGAACAUAAGAAGAAGCCUGUCAGUGAUGAUUUAUGGUUGUAG